AUGCGUUUCACCCACUUCCUGCUCUUCGCUACGACAACUCUUCUCUAUAGCUCUAAUGCUAGUGAGACCGUCUCAGGCGAAAGCCAGGCCAAGUUGACUACAGUGACUUCGACUGACGCUGCGGCUCCAGCCCGCGCUGUCGAUGGUAGGAACGCCAAGAGGUUGUUGCGAGUCGACCGCGAGGACGAUGAAAACGAAGAAGAUAAAGAAGAGAGAGUAAACCCGGCGCUGUUGGACGAGCAGGCGCUUGCCAGGUGGACUGCCAAGUGGGCUGCGAGGGCGGACGAUUGGUUCGAUCAAGGAUACACUCCGGGUCAGAUCAAGGAGAAAUUGACUGGUCUGCGCGAUGAAAUGAGCCGGAAGAACGGGAGGAAGUACUACUUGUUUUUGAAAAAGUGGAAUUCGGAGCAUCCUCGCGGACGUGACUAG